GCACCGAAACCGUCCGAAAGACACAGCACCGGAACACGCACAAUAUUUCCAAGUCGUCCGAAAACUCGCACACGCAAUCAUGAACGCCGCCGCGAAAAUCGUGAGUAUAAAAACGCGGCGCCUAUAAUGUCUGUACAACGUAUAAGCUAUUAUCGCCCCCCCCCCUCCCAUCCCCCACGCUAUCGAUUAAAAGUCGCGUGAGAAUUACUUUUUUUUUUCUUCAAAACCGUUUCGGGCGUAACAUACGAAAUUGUACAGUUGAUAACGUUUGGAAAUCGGAAAAACGUCAAAACCGCACGCACUUUUAUCGUCGAAUACCGAAUAUUUUGAUUCGAACGCGUCGCUUUGCUGUCAGGUAGUCCGAUUAUUGUCCGACGCCGUUCAACACUAGUGGGGUUGCGUUACGUGCGCAUACGGGUACACUCGGCGGUGCCCACCGUGAAAUUUAUCUAAAACCCGACGGACCCGACGCGUUUUGAGUCACUGCAACGCCGACGAUGCGUGCGUAUGCGAAAACGCAUCCGCGGGGCUCGCGAUAUUGUUAUUCGUUCAUUCGGUUGUGUUUUCUCGUUUGAAUCGCGCCCGGAACGGAGUAACGUCAAGUUCCGUUCGUUUCCGACGUGGCACGUGUACGUCAGACACAAAUUGUAUUACUUGUAUCGUUGACAAUAUUAAUUUCAAACCGUACACAAAAUGAAAAACCGUUCGUCCGCGUAUUUAAUGUUUUACGCCGACCGGUAGUACGUGACAAUUUUCGCGGCAAUUUAAAAGCGAAAUGUAUUUAUUUCGCGUUUGUCCAUUUGCGGGGCGGGCGGCUGAUACUAUAAUAAUACGAUACAAUAUCCGCCCCGACAUCGGAUUACAAUUAAUUUUGUUUUUCUUUCCCCCCCCUCCAGACAUUAGCCGCAAUCGUCGUCUUCGCCUCAGCCAUCGCAAGCGCGUCCGCCAAACCGGCCGGUCUCGUGCCCGCGGUCGCUCCGGUAGCCGUGGCGCCCUACGCCAGCUCGUUCACGUCGCACAGCGUGGCCCAUUCCGUGGCCACUCCCGUAGUGCCGGCCGCCGCGCCGCUGUACGCGCCGUCCGCGCAGUACGUGGCCACCGCUCCGUACGCGGCGUCCGCUCCGUACGUGGCCACCGCUCCGUACGCGGCGUCCGCUCCGUACGUGGCAGCCUCGCCGUACGGCUACUACCCGUACGCGACGUCCGCCGUCCUGCCCGCCUACCUGUGAGUCUUGCGGCAAUCGACGACCGCGGACUACUGGCCAAACGAGACUACCAAAAAAAGACCACGGCCGCGGCGAGCAAUACGGAUUUAUCACGAUCUCGUUAAUACUCGAUGAAUGAUUUCUGUCGCAUGUAUAUAUUAUUUGUUAUGUACACAACAUAUUGUUUCUUCGUCUUUUUACGUUAACUGUAUACUUAUAAUAUUAUUAUGCUAUUAAAACAAUAUAAUACUCUCGUAAAAC